UUCAUUUUACCUUUUACUGGUCAAGUUUGCACAGUUUACACAAUUACUAUACAUGAUAUCUCUAAUGAUAUGUAACAUAGAUCUGCCUACGACAAAGGAUACAAUUAUUUGAUGUUUGGUGUCAUUGGGAACACUAGUGGCAGUCCACAAUCAUCAGCAGUUCUACCUUAUAUUCAUACCAACGAAACGGAAUUUACUUCAAAUAAAAAUAAUACGGUAAUUAAUUCGGGAAUAAUGUUUGGAGCAGGAGUUUUAGGAAACAUUUUGGCUCUUAUUGUGUUGAUAAGAUCUGAACCUGAACAGAAAAGAACGAUAUUUUAUCGAUUAGUAGCUGGACUCUGUAUCACCGAUUUUCUGGGCAUCACAUCUACAUCACCUGUUGUAAUAGCCGUGUAUGUAAACAACCUUCAAUGGAUAGGCGGGACGGCGAUGUGUAACUACUUCGGAUAUGUGAUGAUCUUUGCCAGUUUUGCAACAAUGCUGAUAGUGUGUAGCAUGUCUAUAGAGAGGGUGUUUUGUAUUAAAUAUCCUCUUAUAUAUAAUACUCGUUCGUCAACAAAACAUGCUACAAUAAUCUUGAUAUUCUGCUGGACUAUGGCAGCAUGCUUUGCCGCACUCCCAUUCCUAGGCUUGGGACAAUUUGUUCUACAGUAUCCUAGAACGUGGUGUUUUGUCGAUUAUUACACCAAUGACCGAGUAGAUAAAGUAUUUAACUAUUUAUUCGUGAUAUUAUCCAUUGUCGUCAUUAGUGUUACUGUUUGCUGUAACUUAACUGUUAUGUUGACCUUGACAAAACGUCAAUGUCAACACGUGUCACAAUACGGAAGAUCCAAAUAUGGUAGUUAUUCUAAACGCUUCAAUGAAUGUCAGAUGUUAGUACAACUAGUUGGAGUCACCAUAGUAUUUAGUGCAUGUUAUAUGCCUCUUAUGGCAAGAAUCAUAAUAAACCAAACAGGAUUAUUACCACGAAAUGUUCAUUUGGAUUUAUUCGUGAUAAGAAUUGCGUCACUUAAUCAAAUUCUAGAUCCAUGGGUCUAUAUUUUAUUGCGGAGGGAACUAUUAUGGAAAUUGAUAUCAGGCUUUAAAACUUUAUGUCGUAUUGAACAAAACCAACUAGAAGAUAUAAAUCCGAAGAAAUGCAGCUAUGACAUAGAGAAUGAUACGUGCUGUAUAUUCUGUUAUCAUUGUUUGUGUGACCCUCCUCGAGUGAAACGUCCAAGACCAGACUCUAUGUACUCCAUGUACUCAUAUUACCUUGAGGAUCGACACUCUUUAACUCCAACUCUUAUAAGGAGUCGAUCACUAAUUCAGAAUGAUAGAGGUAGUUAUAUAUCUAUGAAACCAGUUAACAUAUCUGCACAGAACAAAUACAUAUCUGCACAGACCAGUUUAUAACAAAACUUGAGCUUCGUUGACAAUGUGGUCGACAGGUCAUAAUUCUGCAUUCAGAAAUAUUUUGUCUCAAUCGUUUGUACAAAUAUUUUAUGA